CUGGUAUCACAACGCUGCAUGAAGGAGGUUGGAGUGGCAUACGUCGGCGACAGUUUCUUCGGCUCGGAAGGCCUGCACAUCAUAUUGUGGCGAUAUGAAGAUGGCGCAUUGUAUGAAGUCAUUCGAAGGGAAAGCGACAAGCCGCGAUCCCUCACAUGUUCUGGAGAAGAGUACCUUCGGUCGCUACACUCGACAUUCCAUCACGCUUGUAGUACCGCAUCACCUACGACCGACCUCUCCGUGUCCGUUCAAGAGGACGAGAAUGAGAUAGUCGUGUCUAUUCGUGAAGAUCGAGAUGGGAUGAACCUUCGCUUCGAUUCGUGGUCCAUGCCACGAUGUACCAACAGCACUUCCACGGAAGCUGCAAUGCGGCGGAGAUGGUGUGCCGAAUUUGCCGUCAAGGAAGACAAGGCACUGGCGUUGCGUCGUCGUGUGGAGGAGUUGGAGGAACUGGUGCGUUCAUCCGAUGCGUUGGUGACCAAAGCGAUUGCUGCCAAGAACGAUGUCGAGUCCACAUUAAUCCACAAGUGCGUGGCGCUGCUCAACGAAAAGAAGGCCAAGAUCAAAUCGCUUCAAAGCUCUUCCAAAGCCCCCAGCCGCCGCGAUCAUGCUGACUCAGCACCCGACGACUCCGACGAUGACAAGCAUGCGUCGACUGAUGAGGACGACGAGGCGGAGGAGGCGAGCCAGGCGUACAGCCACCUGCCAGUGUCGCAGACCCACGUCACAGCCAAGCAAGUGCUGGACGGCGCCGACGACGACUUCUUGGACAUGCUCUAACGCGGCAACACUAUAUUAUUAUAGGAAGCACGUGUACAUAACAAAUAUCCUGCAAUACUAGUACUAAUGUAUUGUUGUUCGCUGAAAC